CCUAGUUCUUACAUAUGGUGAGAGAAAACAAAGGGAUGGAGGGCCAUUUGUCUUUAAUCUCACGACAAGUAACGGACGUUUGCUCGCUAAUCUAGACGCUUUAAAACUCCCUUUGUCUAAUGCAAGAAUCUAAUGGCAAUGGAAUCCCCUGUACUUUCACCUCAAGUUAAGGUCCUCCUCAAUACAUCAAGCCUCAGAUCAAGGAAACAAGGCCGCCACUAAAAAGCAAACAGCCACUGUUUCUCAAUUGUUUUUUAUGCAGUUCUCAGAACUCUCUCCAUUUUCCUUCCUGUUUCUGGCUGUUGUUUCGGGAAUUUGCAGAGGAAAGAAGCCUGUCUAGAGAAAAUGGAAAAUCCCAUCACUUCAAAGUGCUGCAACAAUCAACCCUGGUUUGUGCUCCUUGUCUUUUCUGUUUUCUGUUUAGAGUUGCUUUGCUUUGAUUACUCAGCUCUUACUGGUAGAAAAACUGGGGUCACUACUUUGGAUAGCAAUCAUGAAAAUGCAAUCAGUACCCAAAAUUCUCUAUCCCAUGAUUUCACUGAAAUUUCUAAUGAUAGCAUUUCUCAACUGCCCGAUAGCCCACCUGUCAAUAUUUUGGUGAACAGAACUGAUGAGGCCAACAAAAUGGCUGACAAAGAGGAAGAAUUGAAAGGGGAAACUGAGGUGGAUUCUUGUUUGGGAAGAUAUAUAUUUGUUCAUGAUCUUCCUAUUAGAUUCAAUAAGGAUUUGGUUAAGAAUUGUCGGUUGCUUACCAGGGGAACUGAUAAAAACAUGUGUCUAUACUUAGAGAACUUGGGCUUUGGUCCUCAAAUUGAAAACCCUGAAAAUGUUUUGCUGAACAAUAGCUGGUUUUUAACAAAUCAAUUCUUGUUAGAAGUCAUGUUUUACAACAAGAUGAAAAUGUAUGAAUGUUUAACCAAUGAUUCAUCUGUAGCAUCAGCUGUAUUUGUACCGUUUUAUGCUGGUCUUGACAUGAGCAUGUAUCUUUGGGGUUUCAACAUUUCAGUUAGAGAUUCUGCUUCCCUUGGUCUAGUUAAGUGGCUAGCAGACAAGCCUGAGUGGAAAAGAAUGUGGGGUAGAGAUCACUUCUUAGUUGCUGGAAGGAUUGCUUGGGAUUUCAGGAGACAAACAGAUAAUGAAUCCGAUUGGGGCAGCAAGCUUAGGUUCUUGCCUGAAUCCAAGAACAUGUCAAUGUUGUCAAUAGAAUCAAGCUCCUGGAACAAUGAUUAUGCAAUUCCAUAUCCAACAUGUUUCCAUCCUUCAAAGGACGGUGAGAUUUUCCAGUGGCAGGAUAGAAUGAGAAGGCAAGAGCGGCACUAUCUCUUCACCUUUGCUGGUGCUCCUAGGCCUGAAUAUCAGAAUUCCAUCCGGGGCAAGAUUAUAGAUCAAUGCUUAGCUUCAAAGAAUCAGUGCAAGUUGCUGGAUUGUAAUUAUGGUGCAACAAAUUGUGAUAACCCGGUGAAUGUAAUGAGGGUUUUUCAGAGUUCAAUCUUUUGCUUGCAGCCUCCAGGGGAUUCAUACACAAGAAGAUCAAUUUUCGACUCGAUUUUGGCAGGGUGCAUUCCAGUAUUUUUCCAUCCGGGUACAGCAUAUGCCCAAUAUAAAUGGCAUUUGCCAAAGAAUCAUACUAAAUACUCAGUGUAUAUAGCCGUAAAGGAUUUAAGCGAAUGGAAAAUCAACCUCAAUGAAACAUUACUCGGAAUAUCAGAAGACAAGAUAUUGGCUUUGAGAGAGGAGGUUAUAAGGCUAAUUCCAAGAGUAGUUUAUGCAGAUCCAAGGUCUAGACUAGAGACUCUUGAGGAUGCAUUUGAUUUAGCAAUUAAGGGUAUUCUUGAGAGAAUAGAAAGUGUUAGGAAUAUGAUCAGAGAAGGGAAGGAUCCUAGCGUUGGAUUUGCAGAUGGGGAUGAUUAUAAGUACACAUUUUCUCUUUAUGGAAAUGGCAUUUGAAUUUAUUACAAUAGGAAUUCAUCAGUAUGUUGUUUAUGGUUCAGCUCAAACAAACAUAAUGAUAUGUUUAAUUCAUUCCUUACAAUCUCAUAUAUAUAUAUAUAUAUAUAUAUCUUUUGAUCUCUUUUGUAGUCCUCUAUCUCAAUAGUUGUACUUGCGUGAUAAGAAUAUAAUAAAUUUCUGAGUGAUAUCUGAAAUUUGGUUUUGUUUGGGAUUUUACUCACUCUCUCUUUCUUUUAUAAACCAAAAAGGAGGAAAGAAAACUCUGAAUCCUUCAUCAUCAGAAGCAUUUUUCUAAUUGCUGAUCGUUUUUUCUUUUGCAAUUGCUCCUGCUAAGAAGCUUAUGGUUUAACAGCGUGUACAGAGGUACUAGAUGACUGGGACCAGGAAUCUGAGAUCUAUGCCCUCUUUGAGUUUAAUUGGAUAGUUUAGGGAUUUCAAAUGCUCAAAUUAAUCUCCCUUUCUCAUUAAUUUAUUGUUGGGAUGGAAUCAUUCUUGUUUCAUUAGGCUUUGCACAUUAGUUUAAUUAUGUUGAUAAUCAUUCU